AUGGACGUCGAUACAGAGUUCGAGAACUUCACUUUGGACAUCAUUGUUACCAAUGUAACAGAAUGUUCUAUCCUUUUUCCUGCCGAAAACUGUACAACAAACUUUACCAAGAGAUGUACUGCGGAAAAUGUUACUGAAAACUCAAUAUUUUGCACUUCAGAGCUUGAACAUGCGCCAAAAUUUAUCAGAAACACUUUGAUACGUGUUGUCGUUUUAUCCGUCAUAGCACUUUUUGCUAUGGUUGGGAACAUCGCGACUCUCACGUCGAUAAAGAGGAAACUUGCAAAGCGAAAAUCGUCACUAUAUUGGCUUAUGGGAAACUUGGCCGUCGUGGACAUAAUGGUGACAAUCUUUUGCAUUGUGGCCGAAGCGAUUUGGACGUAUACUGUUGAGUGGAAGGCGGGAAACUUUGCUUGCAAAUUCAUGAAGUUCUUCCAAAUGUUCACCCUGUACUUAUCCACUUUCAUCCUGGUCAUCAUUGGAUUCGAUCGAUAUUCGGCUGUUAAGUUUCCCAUCCAUAAAGUCGACUCAGUUCGAAGAAGCAAGAAGUAUGUUCUAAUUGUUUGGAUACUGAGUGCCUUGUUCAGCAUUCCACAGGCUGUCAUUUUCCGUGUUGUGAGGGGGCCAUUUGUAGAAGAGUUUUACCAGUGUGUCACAUACGGCUUCUACACGGCCGAAUGGCAAGAACAGUUGUACACCACAACUAGCUUGGUGCUCAACUUUAUCCUCCCUCUGCUCAUUCUCACCUUCACUUACAGCUGCACUUUCUACACCAUUUCAAUCCAGAAGAGUUACCUGGUUUUGUCUAAACAACUGCAUUGUAGAGUUAGACUCAUGAAUGAAGCAGUUGUCUUGCUGAAAUAUUCACUGGUUCCGGCCAAUAAUUUUACAAAUGGAAGCAAUUGGAAAGAGAACACUUUCUCAGACUACCCAAAUGCAGCUAUGGACGAAGCCCGGCGAAACCUACUGAGAAAAGCGAAGAAUAAAGCUUUGAUGAUUACAGUGGUAAUCAUGGUGGCUUUCGUGGUUUGUUGGGCGCCUUAUUACACCACCAUGAUCAUCUUCAUCUUCUUGAAGCCAAAUGACGGUCUAAGUAAGGAUUUAGAAUCCGCCAUCUUCUUCUUUGGAAGUUCCACGGCCAUGAUCAAUCCAAUCAUAUACGGCGCUUUUCACUUGAAGAGAAAAACCGGGCGACGGGCUACAACCAAUAGUAGUGCUUCUUCCAGGGUUGAAAAUACGAUCACCCUGGUGGCUCUGAGAAGGCAUAAGAUAGUGUCGACUCAAGUACGAUUUGUGCCGCCAUCUUUUCCAACAGAAAAUUGUGGCAGGCAGUAUUCCAAGUUAGAUGGAAGCCAAGGACUCAUCAUGAAUUCUAGGAACGAGUCUAAUGGAGGCUUUGACGAGCAAAACUUAUAAAAUGCAACUUUAAGGAAUUUUCUGAGCUUUUUUCAUUCAAUUUUUCAUUUCCAUGCAUGUAUGUUUUACAAGAAACUCUUUGCUAAGACCAAAAUGUAUAAAUACCUACAGAUUCGUUUGGUGGAAAUGGUGAACUGCCGUGCAAGUCACAUUAAAGUAAAUGUCAAAAUAAAAAAAUAAUAAAGGAAAAUGAGUAAAACAUAAAAUAAAAUAUAAAUGCACCCCCUAAUGCGUGUUACAUGUACCACAAAAUAAGUUUUGGAGAGAAUGUUGAUGCAAAAAUGAGUAUACAAUAUACAUAUUCAUCAGCAGAUAAAAUUAAAUAAUUAAACAUUGUGUGUG